CCAAGUUUCACAUCAACAUCAACUGCUACAGGCACAAAACCAAUUCCAUAUCCCUUUGUCACUACCACACUCGGACUCUUUCAUCCAGAUCACAAUGGCCCCCCUCCCCCGCCCCCUUCCCCAAGGCGGCUUCACCUUCUCCAUCUCCCCCUCCGCCACCCACCUCAACCACCCCAUCUCCCACUUCCUCUCCACCCCUCUCCAAUUCCAAGGCAGCGCAAGUACCUCUACACAUAUCCGUCCCCAAGCCAUCGCCGGCGGUGCCCUCGUCUUCUCCCAAUCCGCGCCCGACGCCCUAGACCGCAUCCUCCUCCUCCAACGCGCCCCGCACGACUCGAUGCCUCUGCGCUGGGAAAUCCCCGGCGGCGCCUGCGACCCCGAAGACGAGUCCUUUUUGCAUGGCGUUGCCCGCGAAAUGUGGGAGGAAGCCGGGCUGCUGCCCAAGAGGAUGGUUUGUCAGGUUGGUGGACAGGAAAAGCCGCAGGUGUUUUUGACGAGGAGUGGGAAGGUGGUGAUGAAGAUUAGUGUCGAGGUGGAAACUGAUGAGGGGUUUGAUGCGGAAGAGAAGAUGGAUGGGAACGUGGAUGGCAAGUGGAAGGGCUUACCAAAGGUGGUGAUGGAUCCGAAUGAGCAUGUGAGGUUUGUGUGGGCGACGGAGGAAGAGUGUAAAGCGGAAAGAAUGAUGGUUGAGGGUGAAGGGGGGGAGACGGAAGAGCUCAAGUUGAACUUCACCCACAAAGAGCAGAGGGAGACGAUCUUGGAGGGGUUUGAGAUUAGGAGGAGGAGGGCAUUGGAAGGAAAGGAUGUCGAGGACGCUUGAGCUGGGAAAGGACGUGAGGCAUUGUGGGUCAAUUCACUUAUUCACUCGAGUUGUGAUGACGAGCCAUGGCGGUGAUCAAGCACACCUCGCAAUACCGGACAAUUCACAUCGGUGAAUAUCCCCAAUCAACCUACCACUCAAUGACGAGCC